GCUUGCAAGCAAUCGGAACAAGUUUCGUCAAUGUGGUGUUCUGCAUGAAUUAUAUGUUGAUAGUAUUAUUAAUGACUUUAUUAGUGUAGUGUUUGCGACUGUACAGUGUAAUCGCUAACAUGGGAAAAGAUCACAAGGUUGUCCGCCGGAGGGGCAUUGACAAAUCCAGUCAUUCGAUGAACCCCGACCGCGAACGCAAGAACUUGAAUAUGAGAGACAGAGCUACUAUUCGUCGUUUGCUAAUGUACAAGAACCAAAAACCGAUUCGAACUCGCAAAGGAAAAAUUGUCAAAGCAGCCCCGUAUCAGGGUUGGGUUAGUAGCGGGACUGUGUCUAGGAUUGCUCCCAAUCAGAAAUGGUUCGGCAAUACUAAAGUCAUUACGCAAACGGCACUACAAAAAUUCCAAGACGCGCUAGGUAGGGUAAUGAAAGACCCGUACCAGGUUGUUAUGAAACAGACUAAGUUACCGGUAACCCUCCUUAAUGAGAGUGCAAAAAACAAAAAGGUUCAUAUUCUUGACACUGCGCCUUUUGACCAGACGUUUGGACCCAAAGCUCAACGAAAAAAACCUUUCCUUAAUGUAGUCGAUCUCAACGAACUUAGAAAAUUGGCAGAAAAUCGUGAGGAAAAAUACAAAGCAGAAGACGACAAGGAUCUUUGCUUAGAUGAUGGUGGCGUACGAAAUGAAGCCAAAGAAAGUAUAAUGCUUAAAGGCCAGUCCAAAAGGAUCUGGAACGAGCUAUAUAAAGUAAUUGAUUCGUCAGAUGUUGUUAUACAGGUGCUCGAUGCCCGAGAUCCUAUGGGGACUAGAUCUAAAUUUAUUGAGAAUUUCAUUCGCAAAGAAAAAGCACACAAGCAUCUUGUGUUUGUUCUUAAUAAAUGUGAUCUUAUUCCAGUUUGGCUGACACAACGUUGGGUUACUAUUCUUAGCGCAGAGUUUCCUACGAUGGCUUUCCAUGCAUCAAUGCGAAAUCCAUUUGGUAAGGGAGCUCUCAUUAACUUGCUGCGGCAAUUCAGCAAGCUUCACAUAGAUAAGAAACAGAUAUCUGUCGGAUUAAUUGGCUAUCCAAACGUUGGAAAGAGUUCGAUUAUCAACGCUCUAAAAGCAAAGAAGGUGUGCAAUACGGCGCCAAUCGCAGGGGAGACGAAAGUGUGGCAGUAUGUAACUUUAAUGAGGAGAAUAUAUCUCAUUGAUUGCCCUGGUGUAGUUUAUCCUCAAGGUGAUACGGACACUCAAGUUGUUCUCAAAGGAGUUGUGCGAGUAGAGAACAUUAAGGACCCCGAGGAUCACAUUCCCGAGGUGCUCAAUCGUGUGAAAUACGAUUAUUUGAAGAAGACCUACCAGAUAGAAGACUGGUCAAACCCUGUCGAUUUCCUGGAAAAGGUAGCACGUCGUUACGGUAAGCUUCUGAAGAAGGGCGAACCAGAUAUAAAUACGGUUGCCAAAAUGGUACUGAACGAUUUCCAGCGAGGAAAGCUACCAUACUUCGUAAGACCUCCAACCCUAGAACAAUAUCCCAUGUUAGAAAAUGCUCACAUCAUCAAGAAGAAGGAGAAAGCUGAGCAAAAAAACAAGUUAAAGCCAGCAGUUAACCAGGAUUUCAACAAAAUCGAAGUAGCGAAUGAAUUUGCCGAGGAAGAUAUCGAGACUUUAAAGCCAAUUGAAGGCGAAACUGAUGACGAGAACGAGGAGAACGGUGAUGUGGACGAUAGUAUGACGAAUGCCCAUGUCAUUGAAAAUGAUCACGCACACGUCACAUCUCAAAAUACACUGGAUAAGGAGAAAGUGAAACGUACUAUCGGGGUUACUGGCACCAAGAAGCCUCCGGGGGCUAACAAAAAGGUAUCUGUGUAUCAGGCUCGUUGGCUGGCGAAAAAAAUGGGCCUUAGAAUGACACCAAUGGAAAUCACCAAAACCCUGUUGUCAGCUGAAGAAAAGCUCGAGAAGGAAGAAGCACUGAAGAAACGAGACUGUGCAAAAGCACACAAUUCCUGGGAGCCGUUCGAACGACAAGAGCAACAGGCACCUGAGAGUUUGAAAAGGACAGCAAAGCACGACCUCGGUGCUGAAUUUGUGACUAUUGACAAUUUGCCAAACAGAAAAUUAAAAAGGUCGUCUCCUACAUCGCAAAGAAGCAUAGCAGAUGUUGCAUUAGAAAGACAAACAGUUUUCCAGGAAUCUACUAUGGAUAAUAAGCAGCUUGACUCUACUUGCCCAAAUCUCGCAUCUACUUCUAGUGAGCAUGCCAUGAAAAAAAUCAAAAGAACAUACGAAAAACAUAAGUGGAUGCUUGACGAGGGCGAAAGCGAGGACAACUUUGAUUAUGGGCAAAAAGAGGAUCCGGUGAAAAAUUGGAAAGUGGAAAAAAUGCCAGCAGAUGGCAUUGUUAGUGCUGACGGCAAACGGAGCGGCCGACAGAAGCAGGCGGUCAAUCGCAGAACUCGAGGUUUCGCUGUCACAGAGAUGAUAAUGAAUAAGCUGGAACGUGAAACCGCAGUUGCAAAGAAGAAGAGGCGUCAGGAACGGGCUACUACAGAGUCCGAGGAAGAAUCAAACAACGAAGCAGGCCGACCGGUACCAAAAUUGACAGGCAAAGCCAAAAGAGCGCAGUAUAAUGCCGAGAAAAUUAGAAGAAUCGGUAUACAUUACUACAAAACAGCAAAUGUAAAGAAUCGUAAUAGAGACCGAGUAAAAACAGUAAAUCCAGAGCUAGCCUACCGAGGGCACGCAAAGAAGAAGACUGGAAACGGAAGAUAAAAAAAAAGUAAAUACUAUAAUGAUACGAUUGAUAAAAAUUAUGAUACGGUGACAUUACAUAGUAAAUGCUAUGUCAAGCAUGUUGUUAUUGAUGAUGAUGCGAUACAUUUGUCAGCAGUUUACCCGUCUGGUAGACAACAAACCUAAGUGUUAUAAUAAAAACUAUAACGUU